UCACAUCAUUUUGGUUUCCUAUCCCUCAUUCAUGCAGCGAGCGGAAAUCAAAGCGACGCUUCGAAAAUAAAGUGCUGCUGCUGUGCGUUUUGACAGGUUCUUUUCCGGUUUGAUUCUCAAACGUAUUAGACCAAUAUGAGAACGAUCAACUCAAACCAAACGGUUACCAUACCGAAGGGUGUUUCGGUGAAGGUCCAUGCCCGAGUCGUGACCGUUUAUGGUCCCCGAGGAAAGCUGACUAAAAGCUUUCGGCAUCUCUCGAUGGACAUCUACAAAGUGUCCAAAAAGAAGCUCAUGGUGGAAAAAUGGUUCGGAGCCAAGAAGGAAUUGGCCGCUGUUCGGACGGUCUGCUCACACAUUGAAAACAUGAUCAAGGGUGUGACUAAGGGAUUCCAAUACAAGAUGCGUGCCGUGCAUGCUCAUUUCCCCAUCAACUGUGUAAUCAGCGAAAACAACAGCUUGGUGGAAAUCCGUAACUUCCUCGGAGAGAAGCACAUCCGCCGAGUUCGGAUGCAAGCCGGCGUUACAGUUGUAAACUCCGCUAAGCAGAAGGACGAACUAAUCCUGGAGGGUAACGACAUCGAGGCCGUUUCCCUGUCCGCCGCCCUGAUUCAGCAGUCGACCACUGUCCGAAACAAGGAUAUCCGUAAGUUCUUGGACGGUCUCUACGUGUCGGAGAAGACAACUGUCGUGCAGGAAGAAGAAUAGAAUACUAGGGCGCGUGUUUCUAACUAAGUUUAUCCAUUUAAAUGAACAUUCACGGGAAAAUGGAGUGGAAAUAAAACAAAAGUUAAGCUGAAAAUAA